CUGUGGCUCUGUUGAUUUUUCCAACCCCCACGGCUGCCUGCCUCGGCGUCCUGUUCUUUGAACCCACACAGAGUAAACAGGUGUCACUCCUGUGGCUCUGUGGGCAGGAGAUGUGUUCCCAGAAGGAGCACUGGGGGCAGGCAGGAAAAGCCCCCGCUGCCAUCCUGGAGAGCAGCAUGUGGCAGUCAGAACACUCGGGCUGAAAAAGGGGGGAAAGAGAGAGAGAGAGAGGAACAAAAAUCAAGAAAACCUUCCAUAGAGGAAGAUCUCCUUGUGAAUGAAAGGAUCCCCAGGACUUGUAAGUAAAUACAUAGCUAUGAAAGGAGUGCCUGGAAAGCUCAAGAAGAAAGCUCAGCCUCUUAACACUGGCUCCACAGAGCGCCGUUAACUGGGAUUAAGAAAGUCCACUAAUGCUUCCCAGCACCAGGAUUUCAGCAGCACGGAGACUCCCGAGGCAGAGAACCGCGACGGCAAAUCCAGCAGAAUCUCAAGGCAGCAGCUGCCUCUCCAUGCAGAUGCCGUUUAACUCCGGAUUUAUGUGCAUCCCACUUCUGAAAAUCGGCUGGAAAUCCAUCGUGCCUCCCCGUCACGGACAGUGAGUGCUGCCAGCCCAAGCCGUGGCUGCUCUGUGCCUGGUGCCAGCACCGGGGCUGGAAGUGGCUCUUUCCAACCCCAUGCAGGUGGAGCGGUGGCACGGGGCUCCCAGCGCAUCCCCAGAGCUCCCAGCACAUUCCCAGAGCUCCCAGCAUGUCCCGGCUGACCAGCAGAUGAACCAGCGCAUUUCCCCAAACGAGGCGUGCUGGGGGAACAAGGGCCAGGACACGAGGUACCCGUAUCAUUUUUGAUUAAUAUUUGUGGAUAAAUGCUGUUAAUAUGAACCAAGAAGAUUUAAAAGAAAGUCACUGAGCCAUGCAAGUGAAUUAAUUUGUUUUAGACAACAUGAGGCUGGUUUGCAGCCUUUUACAAGCAGGAACAUUUUUUCUUUCCUAUGCCAAAGACUGACUGCAUUUGCCCUCCUGCUUUACUUCUACUGUGGAGGAAAUUUAAGCAAGAACAUGUAUAGUGAAUUGCUCAAUUCAACCAGUGCCACUGAAGCUCACCUAAUCAUUCAGACCAACACGCCCUACCUGAGCAGCACUCCGAGACCCGUGAGCUCCUCCGCUCUUUACACGUCGACAGCCAGGGUGUUAAAAGAAGGGGAAAUAAAUAAGCCAGACCUGGUGACUUACAUCAUUCUGUUUUUCUUUCUGUUCUUGACUGUGACAUUCAUUGUGUUCUUCAUAAACUGCCAGCUGAAAAAUUCUUUUUUUGCUACUCUUCCUUACGACAGAUCGCUCAGGGAAGCGAGGAACCCGUGGAGGACACAAGCUGUCUGACACUUCUCAUUCCGGCAGGAGCAGGCACCAGAAACCCUGUGCAAUAAGGAGUUAAUGCCAUGUGCCAGUGCAUGGAUUUGACCCCGUUUAGAGUAAUGGGCAGCAGGAGAUUGCUGAAAAUUAUGCUGUAUGCCAAUCUGAGUAGCUGUAAAUAAAAAGCUGUUAUGAACUGAAGAGAAUGGUUUAGCAAAUUCAUACAGUUUUUGCAAAAAAUUGCCCCGUGAUUCCAGAUUAAGCUCUGUGUGUAUGCAAAUGUCAUCAUCCACCCAUUCAGUGUCCAUAUAAGGAUAAUUGUAUUAACAACAAUCUCUGAUUUGGGCAUCUGGUGGAGCUUGUUCCCUCGUGUUUAUGAAACCAAGCAUCAAAUGUAAAAACCCUGUGUAUUUACCUAACAGCUCCACACUGAGAUGAGUUUACUUUCCAGACCCAUUUCUCCCAACUGCUGCUGGAACUGCAUGGUGAUGCCUUGGGAGGCCUACCAGGCAGGAGGAGAAAAUGACAAAUGUUUAUUUAGGCUUUAGAUUGUCAUUCUGUUAAGGGUGUUUUUGAUGUUUGAAUGUGUCAUCGAUCAAGUUUUAAGUUACUACUUAUGUGAAACACUUAUUACACAAGGAAUUUGUUUUCAGCUUUCAUAAGCUACAAAGGAAAUUAUUUGCCACAGCAUGAAACCAAAAUAAUCAGGAUGGGGAGAAGGGGGGAAAGGAAAUGAAUAUAUUUAAUAUUAUGUAAACUAAUGAAAGGGGUGAGCAGAGUGUUCCAAGUUUAGUACACAAAGUAGAUAAGUUCUGAAAGCCAUAAAACACAGCUUUAUAGGAAUAGUUGCUUUACUGCACAGUAUCCCCACUCCUUGCUCUUCAUCUAAAUCUAGCCCAAUUAGAAGCAUGAAUUAUCAAUAUGGCAACAGCUUGAUUCAACACUGGUCACUGGUACCCCCCACCAUUUUAAAUUAUUAACUAUCUGAUUUUGUUCUAAAAGCUUCUGCUCAACACUGGUAGCUGACAAGCUAUUUUGUGGUGCUGAUUUUUUGUAAACUUGCAAUUACAGCACAAUUCCAGAUCAAGCUGCAUGAACCCGGGAAGAGUGUCCAUAAUUCCCACAUACAGUGGGCAAAGGGCUUUUUUUUUUUUUUAAACCCAAUGGCUCAACGUACAGGAGAAUUGCAGCUAUCCAGAAACACCCAGUCCCAUCCCAUAUCGUAUUUUAGCUGCAGUUUUGGGUAUUGGAUCAUCUGAAAUGGGGUUCAAAGUGGAGUCAGACGCUGUACUCCUAACCCCGUUCUUGACCAGCAGAGUACAACAGAGGAACUGUGUGUAUAUAUGUGUACAUAACUUCUUUCAUCCAAAUGAGGAGCUUUUACAAUGCAAUUACACACACAUACAGGCUUGCACUUGAGCACACAGACAAAAUGUGUAUAUAUGGAAGUCUGUUUGCAAGCAUUUUCUUUUUUAACCCAAAAAUUGUGCAGUUGAUAACACUUCCAUGUCGUUGUCUUUGUUACCAUGUUUUAUUUUGCUCAAAUAAGCUAAACGACUACUUAACAGAUCUCAAUAUUUUAUUCCUUGAUAUGUGGCCAAUAUUUCCUCUGAACCAAAUUUAACUGGUGUAAUUCCAAGUAGUUACUCUAAUGUAGAAAGCAACAAUAAAUGCAAGUGUGUUUCUCUCAGCCCUUUUUGAAUAAAUCAAGUUUUAUCAAA